ACUAAUUUUGAUUAGGAGCGAGAAACACCUAUGGGGCGAUGACUCAUGUCAUUGAAUGAAGCAUUCAAUCAAACAAUUCGUGGCUUAGAAAAUGAGAAAAGAGAAGAAAAGAAAAGAAGAGAAUAAGCGCUGAAGUAAAGUGGUUGAAGUAGCAUAAUCAUUGUUCAUUCCAUUUCCGCAGACCAAAAUGGCUGAAGAACAGAGAGCGAAGGGAGAAGAAUUUGCUAGGAAAGCAGAGAGGAAAAUCUUCUGUGGUUGCUGUGCUGUUCUUGGUUCCAAUUAUGAAGAAGCCGCUGAACUCUUCAAGAAAUCCGCAACUUCCUUCAAACUCGCCAAAUCAUGGGACAAAGCAGGUUCAGUGUACAUCAAAUUGUCAAAAUGCCAUAUGAAGUUAGAUAGCAAGUAUGAAGCUGCAAAUGCUUAUGUAGAUGCUGCUCAUUGCUAUAAGAAGAUAUCCACAAAAGGAGCAAUUCCAUGCUUAAAACAAGCAGUAACUCUCUUCACAGAGGUUGGUAGACAUGUCAUGGCUGCAAAGCAUUGCAAGGAAAUCGGCGAACUAUAUGAGCUUGGCCAAGAUGCGGAGAACGCUAAAACAUAUUUUGAGAGGGCUGCUGAACUUUAUGAACUCGAGGAUGCGACAACAACUGUGAUCCAGUGCAAAGCAAAGGUUGCACAAUUUUCUGCCCAACUUAAAGAAUUUCAGAAGGCAAUGAAGAUUUACGAAGAUAUUGCCCGACAAUCGCUCAACAGUAAUUUGCUGAAAUAUGGAGUUAGAGGAUAUCUUCUUAACUCUGGCAUUUGCCAGCUUUGUCUAGGGGAUGUUGUUGCAAUUAACAACACCUUGGAGCGCUAUCAGGACUUGGAUCCAACAUUCUCCAGAACUCGUGAAUACCAAUUUUUGGCUGAUUUGGCUGCUUCAAUUGAUACUGAAGAUGUUGAAAAGUUUACUAGAGCAGUCAAGGAGUUUGAGAGUGCGACCCCAUUGGAUGCUUGGAAGUCAAACCUUUUGUUGAGAGUAAAGGAUGCCUUGAAAGCAAGAGAGAUGGAAGAUGGUGAUUUGACAUGAAAUCAACCACAAUUUAAUAUUUUUCUACUAAUGGAGUUAACUUUCAACUUCGACGAGAUCUUUGUCAUCUUUUUGGUCCACGACCGCUGUAUUCAUAGUCGAGUAAGAUAAUUAAUUCUUCGCUGGCUUGUAGACAUAUCUAUGAGGGGGAUAUCUCGCCGGAAAUUUUAAAGCUUUCAUAUCUAUUGUUGAGGGUUGUAUGUACAGAAGUUGACUGAAAAUUUGUUGCUAAGAAAAUUUGGAGAUAUCUUGGUUAUAGUUGUCUUGUCUGAAUCAUUGCUUUAUUGAAUGAAAACAGAAUUGAAUGAUUACAUAAGGUACCUAUCCAAUGAGAGAGGAAUGAUUCUUAUAUUUGGGAGGGGGUCACUAACAAUUAACAAACAACUAAUAACGGAUUGGUUUGGUUCGGGUAAUUAGGUA